CGCCCCCGGCGCGGCGCCUGGCAGCCGAGUCGGGCAGCGGCGGGCGCGGCGGCCGAGCGGCGGCAGUACUCAUGUGUGCUAGGCCAGGACUCUGCACUACGUCCCAGCCUGCCUGACUCAUUUCAGAAAGUGCUAUAAGCAUCCAAGGCCACAAUCCAAGCAAGUGGGGGCUGGCAGGGACAAUCGCCCCUCCCACAUUGGCUCCUUCGCAAGAGCUGGCUGGCUGCACACCACUGGUGGGAGACACUGCGCAAGCUACACUGAAGGCCUCGGGUUCCAGACACCCAGGGACACAGACCCUGUCACAGCUCUCUCCCUGGUGAGGUGCGACAGAACCAGCCCUCCUGGCCAUGGGAGGAGCUGUGGUGGACGAGGGUCCCACGGGCGUCAAGGCCCCUGAUGGGGGCUGGGGCUGGGCCGUGCUCUUCGGCUGCUUUGUCAUCACGGGUUUCUCCUACGCCUUCCCCAAGGCGGUGAGCGUCUUCUUCAAGGAGCUCAUGCGGGAGUUCGGGAUUGGUUACAGCGACACAGCCUGGAUCUCCUCCAUCCUGCUGGCCAUGCUCUACGGCACAGGUCCCCUCUGCAGCGUGUGUGUGAACCGCUUUGGCUGCAGGCCUGUCAUGCUCGUGGGUGGCCUCUUCGCGUCCCUGGGCAUGGUGGCUGCCUCCUUCUGUAGGAGCAUCAUCCAGGUCUACCUCACCACAGGGGUCAUAACUGGCUUGGGCCUGGCUCUCAACUUCCAACCCUCCCUCAUCAUGCUCAACCGCUACUUCAACAAGCGGCGCCCCAUGGCCAAUGGGCUGGCGGCCGCGGGCAGCCCCGUGUUCCUGUGUGCGCUGUCGCCGCUGGGGCAGCUGCUGCAGGACCGGUACGGCUGGCGGGGUGGCUUCCUCAUCCUGGGCGGCCUGCUGCUCAACUGCUGCGUGUGCGCUGCGCUCAUGAGGCCCCUGGUGGCACCCCAGCCGGCCGGGGCACCAGGCCCCCAGCGGCCUGCCCGGCGCCUGCUGGACCUGAGCGUCUUCCGGGACCGGGGCUUCGUCAUCUACGCCGCCGCCGCCUCCAUCAUGGUGCUGGGGCUCUUCGUACCACCCGUGUUUGUGGUGAGCUACGCCAAGGACCUGGGUGUGCCCGACACGCAGGCUGCCUUCCUGCUUACCAUCCUGGGCUUCAUCGACAUCUUCGCCAGGCCCACAGCUGGAUUCAUCACCGGGCUCAAGAAGGUGCGGCCCUACUCGGUCUACCUCUUCAGCUUCGCCAUGUUCUUCAACGGCUUCACCGACCUGACGGGCUCCACCGCCAGCGACUACGGCGGCCUGGUGGUCUUCUGCAUAUUCUUUGGCAUCUCCUACGGCAUGGUGGGGGCCCUGCAGUUUGAGGUGCUCAUGGCCAUUGUGGGCACCCACAAGUUCUCCAGUGCCAUUGGCCUUGUGCUGCUGCUGGAGGCUGUGGCUGUUCUCGUCGGACCCCCGUCGGGCGGCAAGCUGCUGGAUGCGACCCACGUCUACCAGUACGUGUUCAUCCUGGCGGGGAUUGAGGUGCUCACCUCCUCCCUCGUGCUGCUGCUGGGCAACUUCUUCUGCAUCAGGAAGAGGCCCGAGGCGUCACAGCCUGAGGAGGCUACCUCAGAGGCAGAGAGGCUCCACAAGCCCCCCACGGAUGUGAGGGUGGACUCCCGGGAGGUGGAACACUUCCUGAAGGCAGAGCCUGAGAAAAACGGGGAGGUGGUCCACACCCCGGAGACCAGUGUGUGAGUGGCCUGGCGGGGCUGGCAGGGUGCAGGGAAGAGCUACAGAGACUGGCAACGCUUGUAUUUAUUUCACAAACAGGACCAGCUUAGGCAGGGCCACUGGCUCAGCGCUGGAUGCUGGUCAUCGGGUCAUCACCUGACCUGUGUUUUGCGGGGAAGGUGGCGGGGUGGGAACGUGUCAUUCCACAGCGGAUCUGCGGUGAAGCCAAGCCCAUGGUUACAAGCCGCCUGCUCACCCCAAGCAGCCCAUGCCCCCCACGUGGUCAAGGACCUAGAAGCCCAGGCUUUGAGACAACAUGACUUUAAUAGGAGGGCGGGCUGGGGCAGGCUGGCGAGCGGACACCUCCCCGAGGCCUUCCCUGGUGCCUGUCUGACCCCCCGCCCUGCCCUCACCUCCUACGGUGCCCACCCCUCUCUGUCUAGGGUACAAAGAGCUCAUUCCACCUGUGAAGGUGCGAAAUAAACCUGCGUGUGGCAGGAGUCUGGGGGGCCUGGUCCUCGGAA